AUGAGCUGUCAAACAUGCACUUCUACUCACUCCCGCUUGCCAAUCCUUUGUCCGACAUGUGCCCGCAAUCGUCUUUACCAGUUACGUCUCGAAUAUACCCAAAUACUUCUGGAAAAAGAAGCGUUGGGACAACAUAUCGAGUCUGCUGUCUCCUCAGAUCGCUCCAGGACCCCGCGAUCUAAAAUAGAGACCGGGUCCUCAGAAGCCGAUCAUGACGGCUCCCGGCGGUGGGUCCACCAGACCAUCUCCAGUCGAGAGAAUAGUUCAGCAUCCAGGUUGGAGACUGUGAGACAGCAUACAAAGACGUUGAAAGAAGAAAUCGAGGCUAGAAAAGCCGAUAUCUUGGAACGCAGGAGACGGUUGGCUCGCAGACGCUCCGACUCAGAGUCGGCCCAUUAUCAGCUUGGGGAGCGGGAGGCUGCAAUUUUGAUAAGCAUCCAAAACACCACUAAGAGAACCGAGCAUCUCUGGCAUACUUUGCAUAGUAAAACAGCUGAAGCCCGGAUCUUCCUGUGUCGGGAAGUCGCCCAUUUAUAUGGCUUACGGCUGAAAACAGCAAGAAAAGCUGACGCUCGUCAAAAUUACGUCCUUGGGGGCCUAGCAAUCUUGGACUUGCUCGAUAUGAAUGGAAAGCUUACCAUAUUCUACAUUUUUAUAUAUUCCGGUUCCACGCCAGCUCACAUUUCGACAUCUCUAUCCAAUAUUGCUCAUCUCCUCGUCCUCGUUUCACACUAUCUUUCUCUAAGACUCCCCGCUGAAAUAAUUUUACCUCAUCGAAAUUACCCCAAUCCAACGAUUUUUACACCUGCUGCCUCAUACAACUCUUCUGAGGCUACUGGCGGAAUUCGUAUCCCUCGGCCAUCAUCUGCCCUAGCAGUCCAUCGAUCAUUAGAUACACACGCGCAACCACGCCCAAGACCACUGUUCAUCGAUAAAGCCCUCCCACGUCUAGCAAAAGAGGACCCUGCGACAUACUCGCUCUUCCUGGAGGGAGCCACUCUCCUCGCAUGGGAUGUCGCAUGGCUGUGUCGGACCCAAGGAAUCAACCGGGUGUUCGAUAAAUGGGAAGAUGUCUGCGACAUCGGGAAAAAUAUGUUUACAUUAUUAAUUGCCCCGCCAGCUCCAGCAUCCAACUUAAUGCGCGCGUUCGCUGGUCGAGACACCCAGGCUAAGAUAAAACCCACCAAAGAUACUCCUCAAACUACGAUUAACCGCACGAAGUCGUUCCCCAUGCUUGGCCACUAUUCACACGGCACUGUACAUUCAUUUCUGGCUGCAUCUGAGGGAUCAGAUUUUAUGCGGACGUGGAAACUAGCCACCCCAACCAAGAUUGCAGAUCAACUCAAGGCCAGUCUUCUUGGUGAAAUGGCCAGCGCGGAAUGGGAGCUUCUAGAAGAACAGGAGUGGGAUGAUGGGACUCCGAAGACUGAUCAACAACCAUCAGCCCAGGGGAGUAGCACGCCCAAUUCAUCAAAGCCAUCCGAUCUCAAGGAAGAGCAACCUCCCAAUCAGCCGUCUAAUACCGUGCGGCUGGAGAAGGGGAAAAGCGGCUGGACCAAACUGCACAGCAGAUAG